GAUUGUCAAAAUCGUACGUGCCAAUGUGACAAUAGGCGCAGAGCGAGAUCAGGAGAGGGAGAAAGAAGAAAAAUAAAAGAAGCACCAGACGACUCAGACGGAGCGGGCAAGGAUCGAUUUUUUUGGGCGCUAAUCAGCAAACGGCAGGUGCACCAACACCAUCCCAAAGCCAGCAGUGGGUCCGAAAGCGCCGUACGGCAAGCAAGCGGUAGUGACCAAAACAUCCCGUGGCCAGUGUCCCAUCCAGUUGCCAGCCAGCGCUCACCGAUCGCAGGAUUCUCCGAAGCGAAAGUUGUGUACCCCGCUUGUGUGUGCGUGUGUGCGUGCGUGCGUGUUUGUGUAGUUUGUGCGUCAAAGGACACACGGAGGGGUGUGCGCAAAAGAGAAGGCAACAGUCAUCGCAGUAGGAUCAACACAUACACGCAACGAGUAGCGGCGGUAGUGCAUUUGCUUUGACAAAAUGGAUGUAUUUAUGAUGAUCCGGCGGAAGAAGACGACGAUUUUCACCGAUGCCAAAGAGACGACGCCGGUGUACGAGCUGAAGAAAAUGAUCGAAGGAAUACUCAAAGUGCCUCCCCGUGAUCAACGACUAUACAACAAAGACAACAUGCUGAUGGACGAUGACAAAACGCUGCAGGACUGCGGCAUCACGGUCGUGACAGCGAAAGCGCAAUGCCCCGCACAGCUCGGCCUAGCGGUACGCGAAAAUGGCGACUUCGAGUCGCUCGAGCUGACACCCUACUCCCUGCCGCCCGACCUACCGGAUGUGAUGAAAAACCAGGAUACCGCCAACGGUCAGGACCAGCUCGCCUAAGCCUAGGGGAGAAGGAGGGCGCAUGGGCGGGCUAGCGGGCGGACGAGGCCAAAGCUAGAAUGUUUGGGGUUUACUGUGUUUCGUUCACACUAUUACUACUGUCUCUUUCUCUCUCUAUCUCUCCCUUCCUCACACAAUCCUUCUGCACACGUUCUAACCACAGGUCUUGGCAGCCUUUUCCCCCGUAUUGGUGUGAGACAGACCCUACCAGCACUCCGGGUCACCGAAUGCACACGCUUGUUGUCCUGCUAACACGUUUACGUUUCCGAACCCAUUUACCCUACUUACCCCUCCUCUCUCGCAGUGGCAUCCACUCACGUCUACGAAAUGUACUACAAGCGCUUGUAAGCAGCUAACCAUUGCUGAAUUUGCGAGAUAUGUGCUCACACGGUCCCAAUGCUGUUGGCGGUGUGUGUGUGCGUGCGUGCGUUUUUCUGGGUCCCAAACGAACAAGAUUGAAUUAAUUGAUGUCGGCAAUACAAUGUUGUUAAUCGCGAUUACACUGGAUUUUUUUCUUCAUUUAAGCCGUGUUGAUGAGGGAAAACUUUGGCAGCACGGAGUAAACGGAAUUCUACCACCCCCCUAUCCCCUUCUCAUCCGGAUGCCACUGCAUCAUGCCCCCUCCCACACACACACACACAUACACAGACAGGGAUAGUAUAGCUUUGACCUUUCUUCCUCUUUUGGGUAAUUUUAUUCGUAUGGUUUUUUUUGAGUAAUUAAAUUAUGGAAAUGAGACGAAGAAGUUAGGGAAGGAAAAUCUAUGGAACUUACUGGAGUCAAACUUUUAAA